AUGUCUAAGAGUCUGUUUGGACAGGGGAAGAAACCUCUAGAUACGUUUUUCUGGGUAAAUGAGAUGACUGGAGAAAUCACCUAUCCCCUGAAGACAGAUGUACUUGAAGCUUCUCCAGCUUCUCUGGAGAACCCCCAAGAUAGGCCCAGAUCUCAGCAUGGGAGCGUGCGGGCUCCUUCCAGUGACCAGGGUCUGUCCAACACACCUGCACAGAAGGCUGUCCUUUCACCUCCUUCUAAGACUUCGCUGAAAGACACUGGCUCAAGAAAUUCCCUCCCAUCUGCACCAACCUAUGGCCUGGCUAAGGCUGGAUCAAGGAGCACCCUCCCCUUCUCCCCACCCCCCACACCCAGCCAAUCUCAGCAAUUCCUGUCACCAUCUCACCACCAGGAGGCGCUCCACCAACAUGAGGAGCCCUUGGACCAGCAGCCUGCCCCCAGUGUCUUCCUUUCUUCCCAGCCCUUCUGUCCCCUGGGCCUUCACCUGCAAGCUGAAAAAUGUCCUUAA